CUCUCCCUCUUUCCUCAUUCUCUGUUUUCCCAAUUUUCCUCUCUUCCAAAAAACCCCCCUGUUUCUUGCCAUGUCAGCCGCCGUCGCAGCCGCCGCCGCUGCCGCCCUCAGCCGUCGGAGCUCCUCCACCACCACCACCACUUCCACCCGUUCCCCUUCCGAAUCUUUCUACGCUCAAUACUACCCGUCCGUGUCCGUGUCGGUCCGACCACCGCCAUUGGCCAGCCGGUACGAGUGCUUGAAACGCCGUGACUGGAAUAGAUUCCGGCAGUACCUGAGAAACCGCUGCCCGACAUUGAGCCUCGCCUGCUGCAGCGGAGCGAAUGUCGUCGAGUUCCUCUGUUAUCUCGACGAAUUAGGGCAGACUAAAGUUCACACCGCCACCUGUCCUAAUUUCGGCCACCUCUACCCGGUGGAUCCUUACUGCAAUUGCCCAACUCAACAGCCGUGGACUACUCUCGUCGCUCUCAUCGGCCGCCUCCGUGUCGCCUUCGAGGAAAACGGCGGAAAUCCGGUGACCAACCCAUUUAACACCGUCGACGUCAAAAUUUACCUCAACGAUGUUAAGGAUUCUCAAGAUAGAUCCCGAGGAAUUGAUCGGUAAGAAAAAAAAUGGAUGAAAAUUGAAUUUCUUCUGUUACAUUCGACGCCGAGCUCGGUGGCUAUGGCGGAUUCCAACUUCAAAUUGACUAUGAAAAAACAUUGAAGACCGGAGUUUUUGGAUAUUUGGCUUAAAGGAUUAUAUUGACACUCCCAAGAAGAAUUUGACUGAUAAAAUGUUUUUUUUUUUUUUGUACAAAUUAAAGAAUCUUUAGCUAUGGAUAUGGACGGUUGGGAUUGAGAAUAUUAGAGGAAGAGAGAUUGGGUUUGUUGAUUUUUCUUAUUUGUUUGUAUUAAUUAAUUAAUGAAUUGAAGUGGAAAUUAAAAUUUAUGAGAUGAGUUUUGUUCUAA